AUGAGUAGUCCGAAGCGGAGAAUUGAGACGGAUGUCAUGAAGUUAAUGAGUGACUACGAGGUGACUUUGGUCAAUGAUAAUAUGUAUGUUGAAUACAAAGAAAUAAAUUUGUAUAGACGCUCACAAGAAGGGCUAUUGGACAGGCAAGAAUUCUAUGUGCGCUUUAAGGGUCCUGAAGAGACUCCUUUUGCAGGAGGCCAUUGGAAAAUCCACGUCGAGCUACCAGAUCAAUACCCGUAUAAGAGCCCGAGUAUCGGUUUUGUCAACCGGAUAUUCCAUCCCAAUAUCGAUGAGCUCUCCGGUUCUGUUUGUCUGGAUGUCAUCAACCAAACCUGGUCACCGAUGUACGACAUGAUCAACAUCUUCGAAGUUUUCCUUCCACAGCUCUUGCGAUACCCGAACCCCUCGGAUCCGCUAAAUGGUGAGGCUGCGGCAAUGCUAAUGAGGGAGCCCAAGAGCUAUGAAGCGAAGGUGAAAGCGACAGAAUAUGUGGCCAAGUAUGCCAGCAAAGAGGCAGUGGAUGAUGCUGGGGAAGACACGGAGUCCGAAGAUGAAUUGAGCUCUGCCGGGAGCUAUGAAUCCGGCGGCGAGGAGCCUGCAGGCACUAUGGAUGAUGUCUAA